UGUACUUCAUAUAGCACAGUGUGGUGGUUUAUACAUUUUUAGAUAUACCCUUGUCAACAAAUUCUAUGUAAUCACAUCAACUUUUCAUUUUAAAGAAAUUGCAAGUGGGCACUGUCAUUCAAGAGUCAAGACACUGGCUAAACAUGAAAUUAGGAAAGGUCCCACACGGUUGCUAAAUUGUAAGGUAGUUUGUAAACGCUGAGGAUUUCUGUAGAGGGGACUUUGUUUCUAUUGUAAGGGCCCCAUCUUGUGGAUGUGGUUUGAUAGAGAAGGAACUUCACCCCAAGAAUUCCAGAUGCAGUUGUUUCCAGAUACAAUUCCACUUGAAACCUGGAAAGACAAAACCAGUUGAUGCUUCCCUAGGUUGUAGCUGACCUAACCAUUUAGGAAAGACAAUGAUUUUAGUUUAAAUUUUUCUUUUAUAAGUUACAUUAUUUUUUUAAGUACACAUGACUAUUUUUAAAAAUAACUUUUUAAAAUUUAUUUUCAACUGUGUGUGUUUGUGCCAUUUGUGCAUGGGUAUCUGGAAAGGCCAGAAGAGGCCAUUGGGUCCCCUGCAGCUGUGGGAGUCUGAUGCCCAGUGUCAGUGUUGGGAACUGGAUUUAGAGUCACCUCACCAGCCUCCCACGAAAAUAGCUCUGCUCUGUACACCAUUCCGGUUUCUCUUUUAUAACCAGAUGUUGAAGAAUAAUCAUCAUGACCUCAAGCAAAGAGUGGAAGCCAUGAUUAAGAACAUUAAUACAAUUUCUUUGGAGAUGAAGAAGAUGAAAGAACUCUCCCAUAUCCUGCUGUGUGACCUCAAUCUCCAUUUUGGCCAGCCCAAGAAGACUGAGGACCCCAAGGAAGCAGAAACAAGCCACUCACUUGAAGAGACUGAGAUACCAGAUGGAGCCCUUGCUUCUAUCAGUUUACCUGACUGAAAUUUUUCUAUUUGUUUUAAAUUUCUGGUUUUGUUGACUUAAAAAUCUAGAAUAACUAAGUUUAUUAGUGUAAUUUAAAACAG